AUGGGACGUGCGUCGACUUUCGCUUUUUCUCCAGGACGACAAAGAAUUCGCGUGAUGCUCUCGACGGCGUUGCUCUUCAUCUCGGCGAUCGGCAUGUCGCAAGCUUGCAUGUCUACCUCAGUCAUUACUACCACGGCGCCAGUCUGCUGUAAAAUGCUUUCGCAAGAGACACUUGCCCGAAGAACCCCGUCUAAUUCGGCCUAUGAGCAGUGCUCGAUUCUUCGACGAGUGUCUUCAUCGUGCCCUGAAGACGGAAUCGUCGUCUGCGAUGCUGCCGAUGAUACCAACCCAAGGUCAAUCCAUAUUGAGUUCUUCAAUAAUGACAACGUCGUGCGAACCGCCACCAAAGAUGGAAAUCCAGUCACGACGCUCACCGCCAAAGUCGUUUGCAUCAAUGGCGAAUGGCGAGUACCUUUAUCGACUAACUCUGAGACCACCGAACGAAUCACGUCCGUCUCAUGCUCUCAGACUGGUUCACAAGGCGCUGACAAAGGCUAUAUAAUGAAUACCGCCAUCUAA